AUGGCAGAGAAGGAAGCGCACAUGCUCCUCGAAUACCCAGAACUGUCCCAAUACUUUCGGCUUCGAAACCUCAUCUUCCUUGCUCAAUCUGUGGAGAGCUGGUAUAAUGGCAAGUAUUACCGAGACGCUGCUGAAGAUAUGUGGUACAGUCUGCGUCGCAUGUGGCCUGCUAAGACCGCUGGCUCGGACAAUAAUAUCGUGAUGGACAGACUUCGCCGCUUUCUCGACGAACUAUAUGAAGACAUCCUCGAAGAUCGACCUGAGAACUGGUACAACCCUCAUGGUCUCAUUGAGUACAGCACAUCACCUCACUUCGAGCCACCCACCUUCCUCGAGACUACCGAGAAGGUCACUGGCGACGAUCAUUCUGUCGCUUCUGCCGACACAAACAAGCAGGAUGAGUCGAACAGCACUCUUCAUCUCCGUGAUUUCCACAAGCUCUUCGCCGCGGAAAAGUCGGUACUCGGAGUAGAUCGAAUCGAGAGCCAGACAGAGACUAUCGUCACCAACAAGUCAAGCCCCGACACCCUCAAGAUUGACGGCAACCUGAUCGAAGAGGCGAAUGUGCAGCCUGACAAGUCAACCAAGGAAAAAGAAGCCGAGCCCAAAAACACCAGCCAGGAAGAAGCCGCCAUUCUCGACGACAUACCUUCGAAGAAGCGCAAGGCCGCCGACCGACCUUCUACUAAGGUCAACGAGAUCCAGAGUGUGCUGUCAUCUCAGCACAAGUCUUACAUCGAGCCAUCCAAGCAAGACGUAACCACAAUUCUUGAUGAUCCUGCUCCAAAUAAGCGCAUGAAGAACGACUAA